CCCCUAGUACCACCACUUCACUUCCUACAACACCCACAAAUGUACCUUCGUCUGCAACAACCACAACUCCUUAUAGUGCCACAACCUCUCCUCCCACCACAACCACAGCUCCAACUACAAGAACCACAGCCACUCCCAGUACUACCACAACAAUACCCACUACAACAACAACAGCACCUGCAACCAACACUUCAUCUUCCUCAAGAUCCAUGACUACGGGUCCAACUACAACAACCACAGCUGUUCCCACUACUAAAACAACAUUUCCCACCACAACAACCACAACUCCUUCUAGUACCACAACCUCUCCUCCCACCACAACCACAGGUCCAACUACAAGAAGAACAGCCGCUCCCAGUACUACCACAACAAUACCCACUACAACUACUGCACCUGCUACCAACACUUCAUCUUCCUCAAGACCCAUGACUACAGGUCCAACUACAACAACCACAGCUGCUCCUACUUCUAAAACAACUAUUCCUUCUACAACAACUGCAGCCCCAGCUGUUACUACCACAUUGUCUUCCACAACUGCAUCUCUAGCUACAACUACCACAGCUGCUCCCACUUCAACAACAGCUGCUCCCAUAGCAACUACAGCAAUUCCCAGUACAACUACAGCAACUACUGCUACCACCACAUCUCCUAUCACAACAACUAAAACUACAUCUCUAACUAUUAGUUCAACACCAACUUCUUCUGCCAGAACUACAGCUUCAGGUACGAUAAAGGAAGCUUCCACUACUAGCACGGCAACAACAGCAGUUGCUAUUACUUCAACCGCGUCUCCUUCUACAACAACUACAACUCAGACUCCAACUACAACUACUACAGCAACUCCCACUACAACAGCCACCACCAUUCUUCCUGCCACCACUAGAUCUACAUACAACAAGCACAGCUCCUACCACAACCACCACUCCACCUUCCACAACGCCCACAGCUUCAUCUACAACCAGAGGAGAUAUUUUAAGUACUACCAAAACAAUUUCCAGUACCAACAACAGUUCACCCGCCACAUUCACAACUACUGCUCCAGCUGCAACAAUGGCAUUUGUUACCACUGCUACUUCUAUCACUCCUACAGCAGGCAUAACCUAUCCACCCACCACAAGCACAUCUGCAUCUUCUGCUACACAAACGACCACUCCCAUGACAACUACACCACUUCACACUUCGCCCGCUGCAGCUCCUACUUCAACCACAACAGCUCCUUCUACUACAAACACAAGUAG